AGUGUUUCUUACAACUUGUCAAAUAAACCUAAUCCAUGGAUAUUGACAUGCAACCAGGAGUCGUGUUUCCUGACAUUUAAAUGUGCCUUAUUUCCACGUCGGGGAAAUACAUAAAGAAAAUCUGCCUGUGAACAUUUUAUAACUACAAUAUCGAAAUGCUGUCUGACAAAGUGGGCAAACAGCUGGGUCACCCCACGUAUUCUUUAACUGGAUGGUUGGUAAGCAAGUUCUUUAAAUGGCACAAUCCGAUUUUGGAGGAAAAUGCAGUGAAAUUGAGCAACAUACAACCCAACGACACUGUGCUGGAGCUGGGUCACGGGCCGGGCCUCGGUCUGCAGGCAGCCUCGCAGCUCCUCACUGGCCCAAGAGGGAAACUGAUUGGUGUAGACUACUCAAAAUACAUGCAUCAGAUGGCCAGUGAGCGCAUGAAGGAGCAGAUCUCCAGAGGAAAGGCUGUGUUGUAUUGCAGUGAUUUGGUGGCCAUGCCGAUAGAGGAAAACACUGUUGACAAGGUGUUUCACUGUAACUGCUAUUACUUCUGGCCGGAUCUGAAAGCAGGAGCGAGAGCGAUUCACAGAGUGAUGAAACCAGGUGGAAUUAUGGUUACAACUCUCAGACUAGAGACUGUUAAAAAAGCAGCCGCGAAGAACAUGUUUAGCGGGGAGAGCUGGCAUCCUGAGGUCUACAUGGAAGCGCUGCAGUCCUCUGGGUUCACAGAUGUCCAAAUGGAGAACAAAAGAGAGAAACUCAUCACAUUUCAAGCUAUUUUUGCCACUGCUCUGAAGUAAAAUUACCGUGUAAUACUGAUAUGUAAUGAUAUCUGUCCUGCCAAAUGUUGUCAGGAUCAAAAUGUAUUUUAAUUCAUUGUUGAAUAAUGAACAUUUGAACGGUGGCUGUAAAUUGACAGAUUUAUUCAUUAAUACAUUAAAUAAUGAAGACAACUGGUCAAUUAAAAAUAUAAUGAAUAUGUAAUAUAGUGCAUAUUUAGCAAAAUGCUCCUCUAUAGAAUUUUUUUUUUUUUCUCGCUGACUAACGAACUAUGAAUAUUAAAUGGCUUUCCUGGGGUAAUGACCUGUUUCUGUGGUUGAAACACUGAUUUAGUGAUUAAAUGAGACAUGACACAU